AAAGCACUUGCUUCUCAUCAUCUCUCAGGGACCAAAGCCAACUCUUUUCUUCUUAUGACCCCAUGCUGCAGGGAGCAAAGGGAGAGAAGGUACUGGGGGGCACCUCCUAACAAAGCGGGGCUCAGGCUGCCCGGACCCCCUCGCACCCCCGGCAGCAGCAGGGAAGGCUGCCAGGGCGAACCGGGCACAGCCGAACCGCAGCUCAAUCCACCAAAAGCGAGCAGCAGAAAUGAAAGUUUCGAAAUAGCAUCCUAACAAGCGCCAAGGAGCUGAGCGAGCGGAGCUGCUCUCACCAGCGCCCGAUGGUGCAUCCGAGGGGCUGCGCCAGAGAUGUGACCGUCCCCUACCCGCUGCAUGGAGAGGGGUGAAGGCGCACAGACCCCUCGCUAUUUAUUUAUUUUUUGGAAGAAAUGUAUGGCUGACACCCAGAAGGAAUCUGAGCCCUGAAAAAAAAACUAAACCACCUCUGGACCCAAACGAGAACAAGAAGAAUGAGACAGCAGCCUUGAUCCCUACACUGAGAGGAAGGUGAGCAGGAAGAAGGAAAACACAGAAAAGCCAUGCAAGCACGAAACCUGUAGAUUACUGCAGGUCUUUUUUUGCUUCAAUGAGGACAAAUAUUUUACUGACAGCCAUGCAGCAUAAAGGCAUCAUGCUGAUUGUGUUCUUGGAAUAUUUUAUUUCUGGACGUGGGGAAGCAGAUCCCACCAGGCCACGAGCCUUGCGCUGCAGUGGCCGUGCCUGCAACCCUCCAGUGGGAAACCUAGCCACGGGAAGGACACCAGUGACCAGCACCACGUGUGGCCAGAACAGCACAGAGCUCUACUGCUUCUACCCAGAGCAGAGGCUGCUCCACCACAGCUCCCCUGGCUGUGGGCAGCCCCGCUGCACCAAGUGCAACACCAACCAGCCCGACAACUCCCACGUCCCUGCUGACAUGACAGAUGAUGUCUUUGCAAACCCCAUCUCCUGGUGGCAGUCUGCCCAAGGGGUGCACAGAGAAGAAAUCCAACUGGACUUUGAGACAGAGUUCUACCUGACCCACGUCAUCGCCGUGUUCAAGUCGCCUCGCCCGGCUGCCAUGGUGCUGGAAAGGUCCCAGGAUUAUGGGCAGACUUGGAGGCCCUACAAGUAUUUCUCUGUCAACUGUACAGCUACUUUUGGGCUCCAGGAUGAUCUCAUUGAGGAAGGCUCCAUGUGCACCUCCAGGUAUUCAGAUGCAGUACCCUGCACCAGAGGAGAGGUGAUUUAUCGUGCCUUAAGUCCGGCUAACAAGUUGGAAGACCCUUACAGCCCUGAGGCUCAGGACCUCCUGAAGCUCACCAACCUCCGCCUGCUUUUGUUAAAAAGGCAGGAAUGUCCAUGCCAUGGCUCAGCAUUGGUAGAGAAACCCCAAAGAUUUGCCCACUAUGCUAUUUAUGACCUGAUCAUCCGGGGAAGCUGCUUUUGCAAUGGGCACGCAGAGGAAUGUGAGCUUGCCAACAGGACGGGAGUCAUGGAGAACAUGGUCCCUGGGAAGUGUGUGUGCAGACACAACACGGCAGGGGACCACUGCGAGAAAUGCGCUCCGCUCUUCAACGACCAGCCCUGGAAGCCAGGAGAUGGGAAAACAGGGGCACCAAAUGAAUGCAGAAAGUGUCGCUGUCACAACCACGCCAAGAGCUGCCACUUCGACCUGAGCGUGUGGCUGGCCUCAGGGAAGCGCUCUGGGGGAGUGUGUGACAGCUGCCAGCACAACACCGAGGGACAUCGCUGCCAGAGGUGCAAACCAGGCUUUUACCGAGACAGGGCCAAGCCCAUGUCUGCUCCAGAUGCCUGCAAGCCCUGCGCCUGCCAGCCCAUGGGUUCAGCCAAUGCCACGUUCAGCAGCAGCUGGAGGUGCCACCCCCGGACAGGAUUCUGCUACUGCAAGCCAGGAGUGGCAGGUCCCAGGUGUGACAGGUGCCUCGUGGGCUACUGGGGCUUUGGAGAGCAUGGCUGUCGGCCCUGUGACUGCGCCAGAGACUGCGACCAGCGCACCGGGACCUGCUUCAACGGCUAUGACAGUGAGCCCUUCUUUAACAUCCCCAUCGGGGGACGGAUCCCUGACCUCGUCCAAACACCAAUCAAUGACAGCGAAGAGGAGUGGAAAUGGAACGACCACGAGCAGGGAUUUUCUGCACUGAGGCACCCAGAAAAGUGUGUGUGCAAAGAAAAGGUUCUCGGAAGCGUCAGUGACUUCUGCCAAAUGAAAUAUGCCUAUGUAAUAAAAGCAAGAAUCCUAUCUGCUCAUGACAAAGGGACCCAUGCAGAGGUUGUUGUGAAAGUGAAGAAGGUCCUGAAAUCAGGCAAAGUGAAAAUUGCUCGGAGCAACAGAAGCAUUUACCCAGAAUCCUGGACCAACAGGGGCUGUACAUGUCCCAUUCUCAAUCCUGGUACUGACUAUCUUAUAGCAGGCCAGGAGGACUCUAGGACUGGCAAACUCCUUGUGAACAUGAACAGCCUGGUGAAACCCUGGAAGGCGUAUUUGGGAAAACAAGUAACAGAUAUUCUUCGAACUGGAUGCAAAUAAUUUCUGCUUCAGAAACUACAGUGCUGGACUUUGCCUUUUAGUAACACUGCAGUGAAAGGUGUAGUUAGUUCAUGCAUUCCCAUUCAACGUGCUCCUAGCUGAAGUGAGGAAAGCAGACUUGCCAUCCUUCCUUUCAUGUGCUUAGACAGGAAACUUGGGACAUGACUACUUUUUUAAAAAAAAUCACAGCCUUAUCAUAAAAAAUUACCUAAUGCAUCAUAUGUAGAACACAAGUCAGUUCUUCACUUGAGCCUGACUCCAGCCAGAAUCAUUUUACAAGGCAUAACUGAAGUAUUUCCAUACUUCAGGCCAGAGUCUGAUAUUAAUCUGCAUAAACUGCUUUCAUAACACAUUCAUUACUGGGUGUCAUUUUCUUUAUAAGUGACCACUAAAAGGCAGCAAUUUCCUUCAGCUUUAUAAGUGGCAUAAUACUAAAUAAGCAUGUGAGAGAGCUCAAACUGAUUCACCAUCAGACUGCAAUUAUGCCAAUAUAACGGGCUGCUUUCUAGAAGGCAGUGUUAUCCCACUGCUGACCAGAAACAAACGUGGCUUAUUUUGGGACAGUGUCCUUUUAGAGAUGUGCUCUGCUAUCAAUGCUUAGUGCUGAGCUCUGCUGCAGGAAACACCUUGGCUCAAACUCCAAAUCCAGCUCUUUGCUGUAGUACUUAGUCUGUAACACCACAGAGGUUUCACAGCAAUUACCACAAGUAAUGGUGAAAUUGUGACACUACAAAAGGUACAAAGCAGAAACAGGAGGUAAAUGGAUUGGCUGGAGCAUGUAUCAAAUGAGGUAAGCUGUAGUUCUGGGAGGGCAACCUGGCUAUUCCAACUGUGCUCAAGACCACUGGCCUUUGAUUGCACUUAGUGCUUUCACUGUGCUUUAUUUCUCUUGGUCACACUUCAGGGUAAGAGGCUGAAGCUCUGCUUCCUUCCCAUAGUGCCUGAGGAUUAUUUCUCCCUCUGCAAAAUUACAGGAGUGGUAACACCUGCACUCCAGGUAAAAUUAGUUCUGCUCUGCAAAAGCCUUCUUUCUAAAUCAAUUUUACCCCACAGUAAUCAAGAGGUAGCUACUUAAAUCCUUCCUUAACACAGAAUUUUGAGGAAAUUGUAGUUUGAGACCUGUGUCCCCUGUUCAAGGACUCACAACCAAAUGAAGCUGGUUGGAGCACUCUCUCUUCAACUAAGCAGGAAUUACAAUGAAUCAAUCUAUAUUCUUUCAGAAGGUUACAGAGGAAGACAAGCACACAGGCUACUUUAGCAUAUUUCAAGUCCAUAUCUAAUUUUUAAUGCUCCUAGGGAAGAGUAGAUGAUUUAAUUUAGCACUGUCUGAUUGGUAAGUGGGAUACCUAGAAAACUCUAAUACUAAUACAGACUGAUGGAAGUCCCAGCCUACAACUUAGGCAAUCGAUUUGUUCUCUUUGCCACUGAGAAUGCAAAAAUUCAGCUUCUUCCUUUCUAUUUACUGCCAUUUUACUUUGAAUUUCACAUCGAUUGAAAAGCUGAAAAAUCCUCAGCUCAUUUGGAAAAGGAUGACAGGCAGAUCUUUAGGGGAAAAAAAAAACUCCAAUUUGUUUCCCAACAGGAUAUAAACAGUGUUUCUAGUGUUUCUUCCUCCCUCCUUUUCAGGAAAUUUGCCUUCCUCCAUUGCUUUCUCCCUUUUAAUUCAUUAUUUAUUUGUUGUUACCUAAAGUGGUAUCCAAUAAUGUGGCAUCUCCAACAAGCCAUUUAAUUAAUGCAA